AUGUCCGACAAAGACCCUGUAAACUCACGCAUCGCCAUCAAAUUCGGCGCAUCCAAAGCGCCAUCAAGGUCUGCACCCGCGUCUUCCCUCGGCAAGCGCGCACGACCGCAUCUCCUCGGCGACAACGGAUCCGAUUCCGAAAGCGAUGGCGAAGGCCGUCCGACAGGCAGGGCCGAGACCAUUACAACAAUCGGGGCGCGCGCUGAUGGGCGCGGGAAGGAUGCGGGCUCCUCCAAAAAGCCUCUUACGAUCCCGAGGCAAGCAAAUCGCGACUGGAAGUCGGAGAAGAGAGCACGAAAAAGUGCGGCAUCAACGACACAACCAGUAGAUAAGGAAGUCGAGCCGGCGGAUCAGGACAAGCCGCUAAAAUGGGGUCUCACCUUGAAGGAAAAGGGAGCCAAAGCCACCGAGGACGUCGGUGGCCAGUCAGGAGAAGCACAAACUGAGCAGUCCGAUGCAGAAAAGGGCGAUAAUGAGGCAAAACCAGAAAAGACUGCGGAUGAGGAGGCCAUGGAAGCGCUUCUGAGUGAGCGGGAAGACAAGAAGAAGAGGAAUUUAGUUAUAGCACGCGCGGAGUCUGCGGGUGCCAAGGAGGAGGAGGCGUUUAAGCAAAACUUUCGCGACGCUCCGGAUGUGUCAACCCUGGAAGACUACGAGGAGAUGCCCGUGGAGGAGUUUGGCGCAGCACUCUUGCGGGGCAUGGGCUGGGACGGUAAGGCCAGGGGCCCAAAGACGAAGGAUGUCAAGCGUCGCCCGAACCAAAUGGGACUCGGGGCAAAGGAUCUCAAAGGUCAAGAAGAUUUGGGAGCCUGGGAUCAGAAGGGAAGCUCGAGAUCGCGGCCCAAACGACUGAAUGAUUACAAGCGCGAGGAGAGGGAACGGCAAGAUAAGCAUAGCCACCGUGGCUCUGAAAGCUACAAGCAGGAGCGCGAUCGCGAAAGGUACGAGGAUCGUCACAGUGGACAUUCGCAUCGCCGCCGAUGA